AUGGCGGCGUUCCCGGCCAAACCCGCGCCGCCAUUGGAUGAUGGCUGCCACGGGGGGCCAGGCAGGGACGGAUCUGAGCUUUUCACCCAUGAACCUCCUCCCAAAACGCGUCCCGUUCACCUCGCUGGACCUACUCCGACGAUAACGCUACCUCCACAACAUGCCUGGAUCCAGGUCGCCAUCGAUACACCUCCACCAUUCAUCUGGAUCGAGGUCGCCUGCGAGGUUAAUCGCUUGGGGAUCCAACACUUCUUCUCCAACCAGAUCGAGCAGUGGUUUGAGGUGCCCCGAUGUGUCGCGCGUACCUCCCCUCGCUCCCCCGUUCGCUCACCGCCGCCAAGAUCCGGCACCGGGAGGCCACCUACCUUCCUCUCUCGAGCUUCUCUGCAGUGCGGUGAGCAAUUCAACUGUGUAUUUCUGAGAUUUCAACGGUGGCCUGGGAUUGCGCCGCCCGUGCCCUGCAUCGCCAGCGGCCUGGGCUCGCACCGCCCGUGCCCUGCAUCGCCAGCGGCCUCGGCUCGCACCGGCAAGCAGCUCCCCCGCGACCCCUGGAGCCGGACCCUCCCCUCCCCUGCCGCGCGACUCUGCUCUGCUCCUUCCGCCAUCCCCGCGCGACUCUCGCAGCCGGAUCCACCCCUCCACUUCUGCAACUCCUCUCUGCUCCUCCCUCCCGCCAUCCCCGCGCCACCACGACGGGCUACCAGCACGGGCAGCUGCUGCCGUCCACAACGCCCUACCCAGCGAGCCCCGCCUGGCCACGGCUCCUCAAGCGGCUGUACUCGACGGUGCUCGCGCAGUACUCUGACUCCGGCCCGCGGUGGAACUGCAUUGCUUGGCCUCGUGCCGCAUGCAGUUUGUUGCUCCUCUCCAUGUGGUCCAUGCACAGGUUGCACCACCAUGGCUCGCUGGUAGUACUAUCAUCAGCAAGUCCGCUAGAAAAACAGGGUGUCCCAUGCUGUAGUUUGGCUAGGGGCAGCACGGGGUUCAGUUUAUUUUAGUUUUCAGAUUUGCAGUGUAGUCCAAGCUAUUCAUUAUUUUGUCAGAUCCACGACUCUGCGUGGGCUGCAAUUGUUGAAAAACAGAAAUACGUGGAUGAAGUUCAUUGUGUGUUUUCUCUGAAGAGAAAUCGAGUGAAAAUUGCAGUCUGUUGUUGUUUUGCUCUCGGGGUUCAUUUUACUUUUCUCUUUGUAGGGAAGAUGAAGUGAUGCAGUUCGGUUGCAUGCCCAGUUACUCAAUUUUGUUGUUGCUGAGAUCUGCACUUCAUUGUGAAAAACUGAAGUUCGUGUAGCCCAUAGAAUUUUUUGUGGUUCGACUGGUCGAGAGUACAAAUUUUGUAUGUGUGUGUCUGUGUCAAACAAUCAGAUAGAUGUGAAGCUCACUUUGUUCUCUCGCCUGGUUAGCUAUAAAACUCCUAAGUGGUUCACUAUAUCAAUGCAACAACUGCAGUGCGUUUGGUCCUCGA